CGCCGAAGUUUUGACCGCGGGAUCGACCGCGGACAAUGUCACUCUCCGAUCGUCUGGCGCUCAUGCAACGGGCACGAACUUGAACGGCAUCAGGCAUUUUCCAUCAAUUGAUCCUCCUUCAACACCUAGUGUUCUGGCGUGUGCAUUGCAUCCGCAAGGAGCACCCAACCCACAAUAUGUCGACGUCUCAAAGGCGUCUCGUGACGCAAUGCAUGAAACGAGUCUUCGCCGAAAGGAUAUCUCUGAGCACACCUCUCCCAUGUCGAAACUUCUCACAGCAGACUCGAGUCGAUGCCAACGAAAGCGGUGACAAGCCAAUCCGCAAUCCCGUUCUCGACGAGUACAAAGCGAGAAUGGCCAAGAAGGUACUCUCGCCAGCACAGCAAGCACGAGUCAAAAGAAAGGCGCAAGCAAUGCCUGAAUCGGGCGCCUUGGACAAAAGCUCGAUUUUCGAAGAUGAUCGGAUCGCUCAGGAGAAAUUGAACGACGCCAGAAAGGAACAGGAAGAUGAAAUGAAGAACCUUGCAGACCCGGCGAUUCUCGCAGCUGUGCUUGAUCCCGUACCAGCGGAGCGUGCGAGGUUCAUGGCGAAGAAGGUCGUUGAAACGGUUCGGCGCAGAGGGCGCGUGAACAGAGAACUAGUGAUAAAACGGACGGAGCGAGAACAUUUGGUACGGAGCCAUAACAUGAAGACAUCGGUCAAGAAGUUGGGCAUGCUCGCCCGGCAGAUCGCUGGCAAGAGGAUUGAUGAUGCCAUUGUUCAAAUGCGUUUCAGCAAGAAAGCUGUUGCGCGAGAGGUUCUCAAACAACUCGAGUAUGCUCGCGAUCAGGCCAUUGUCAUGCGCGGUAUGGGUCUUGGCCUCAAUGCUACCAGCCCGGUCAGCAAGGAAGGUUCAUCGGCGGAGGAAUCAUCGGAGGAAGCAUUAUUGGCGGAAGUAGGAAAAGAAGAACUCGAAGAGAUCAAACCGGAGUUCAACCCCGUCGAUAUCCAGCUCAAGUCUGGCAGUCGCUACAAGGUCUCGAGCCCAACGGAUAUCUACAUUGACCAGGCCUGGGUCGGACGUGGCCCCUACGGAAAACUGCCGGAUUAUCGCGCUCGAGGCAGAGUUUACCUCAUGCGCACACCCUUCACGAGUCUCAGUGUCGUCUUGAAAGAGGAGAAGACCAGGAUACGAGAGUGGAGUGAGCGGGAAGAGAAGAGGAAGAAGGCUCGGACGGGCGCGAGGGUUUGGCAGCACCUACCCGAUCGACCCCUCACGAAUCACCGGGCAUGGUACAAUUGGUGAUCGAUUUCUCUUCUGAGCUGCGAUAGGUAGACCUCUCUGAGAUGCUGUUGAAUCGCAUCAUGUACAUUUAAAUCAGUCGCAGGCUGGGAAAUCCUGCUGUACCUAUAAACGGGGCAUAUGCGUUGCUUCUAUUCGGAAGUUGUCGAGACGAAGGCUGCUCAGUCAGCGGAAACACUUUUCUUUGUUCCACUUUUCAGAACGUCACUUUUUGUACGUGCGCCUGAUCUCAUUAUGCCUCAGAAAACGGGACAGGCAAUUAGGACGAGGGCGGAACGGUUCCUACGUGAUAGCUUCAU